AUGCUACGAAGUCCAGAGUAUCACGGCCGCGAUGGCGGAAGCAUCUCCCGUGCUGCAGCCUGCCGCUGGUCCCCCGCUAUCCCGAGCCCCGGAUACUGGCAGAAGAUCCGCGGAAAGAAAGACUUCACAGACUCCGUGCGGUUCGGGUGUUUCGUGUCGCUAGCUCUCGCGUCGGCGGUUGUUGUAGCGCUCGCGGCUGUGAUGAUAGUCUCGCCGCAAUCCCCGCAAAAGCUGCUGCUUAACUCCGCGUUUUCCGCGUCCUCCUCGUUGCCGAUUCUUCCGGCGAAGAAUGCGGCGACAGAUGCGGCGACAGAUGGGAGCUCAUAUGAGAUUCGCGCGGAACGAAGCAGCAUGCCGGAGACGAAUAGCGGCGUGGCUGUCGCCAUAGCGGAGGGCGAUCUUCCCGCGCGAAUGCAGACCCUCUGUCUCGCACCCGCGGUGGCGGCAGCGCUGUGGCGCCGCCAGCAGCAGCGGACGGGGGAGGGGUGGACGCAACCCGCGGGUACGCGCCUUGGGCUUCGCGCAGGGGCGGAGGGAGCGGAAGGAGAGGCCAUGCGCAUUUCGAUAGUGUGGGCGCAAAAAGCAGCAGAACGCGGAGCGGAAGGGGGGAAUGCGGAUGUGGCGUUCCGCGCGCUGUUUCAAGGUCCGCCCGCGCGCAGCCGAAUGGAGCUUCCCCGCGGACUGGCGGAGUAUUGGCCGGAUGUGACCGUGUCGGAAGGGCCAAGCGGCGAAGACGGAGAGCGCGAAUCGCGGGAAGGGUUGGAGGAAAUCACAGUGAACGUGCCUCAUUGCUCGGAAGAUGCGACCAACGGGAGCGCGACACCUGGCACGGGAUUCGUGCAUCCGGGCUGGAAGGUGUCGCUGCGAGUGCCACGUCAUCUGAAGACGCUCAGGCACCAGGAUUGGACACCCCCCGAGGCAUGUUCCACCUUCCGCCUCUUCCAGUCAUGCCUGGGAGCUCUACAUCCCUCGCCACGUGUCAGCAAAUUAUUGGAUGGAGAACUGGGGGAGGAGCAGGAGGAUGAGGCCGAAGGAGCAGGAAGCACAGUGUCACUUUUCUCCAGGCUUAAAUCGAGUAGAGCAGUGUACCUUGAGGCCAAUCAGGUGAUGCCGAGUGGCACGUGCGGGGGGUGCCCCGAGGACCCUCUACUCAACUGCACGCUUCGCACGCUGACGUGGCGCUACCUGCGCGUGCCGUCCAACUCGUCUGACGUGGACUUCACUGUAGCAGCUGCCUCUGCUACAGACGCUGCUACAGUCGCGGGCACCUUCCAUCCCCUGCGCGCCCCCCUCCUCCUCCCCCACACCCGCAAGCGCAUCAGCCUGGGCUGCCCUGCCUCUCCCCCUCUUUCCGCCUCCCUUUCUUCUGCUCCCUCUCCUCCUCCACUCUCUACCUCCUCUCGACGAUCCAGCAAGAACAGCGAGCAGCAUAGCGAGGGCGAGGAGGAGAGCGAGCGAGAGGAGCAGCUGGAAAGCGAGGUGCAGAGGGAGGGCGAGGUGCAGAGUGAGGGGGAAGAGGGAACUGGGAGCGGGGAGCAGAAUGAGGGCGAGGUCGGAAGGGAGAGCGAGCAGCAGAGCGCGGGCGGGCAGACGAGUGAGGGCGAAGGGGGUCCAGCAAAGGCAGUGCGGCGAAGAUGGGUGCUGGAGGAGGGAGGAGAUGCAGAGGAUGCAGGGAGUGAGGGGAGUGAGGGGAGUGAGGGGAGUGAGGAGGCAGAAGACUUGCAGGGGGAGGAAAGGGAAGAGGAAACGGGGGCGGAAGAGCAGGCGGGAGGAGAUGAGAGGGCUGGGCAAGUCACGAUGAAAGAAAUGGGCGACAGUGAUAGCAGCAGUGGCGGCACCCAUACUAGCAGCCGCAGCAGACGCGGAAGAAAAGGCAGGAGCAGCACAAGCGCGAGCAGCAGUGGUACUGGCAGUACCACCACGACUGGCACCUCCGGCAGUGGGACUGGCAGCACGAGCAGCGCUGCUGCUGCUGACCUGACGGAGUGUCAGCAGCUGCAACUGGCGGAGCUGCUGGUGCUGUCGUCUGCUCGAGGGCUGCUCCACACGCGCCCCUCUGUGGAGGCACUCUUCAUUGCCGCCCAGGCCAGGGCGCGGAUCAACCAGAAGGCACUCCCUGCUGCUGCUGCUCCUGCCACUGAUGCUACUGCUGCCGCUGAUGCUGCUGUGGCUUCUGGAGGUUCGUUGGGGGAAGCUGGUUUCUCCACUGCAGCCUUGUCUGCAUCAUCCUCGUUUGUGGUGGAUCCGUCAGUGUGUGAAGCCCCUGAGCUGGCGCCCUUCAAGAACAUGUGGUUCCUCCGACAGUACCUUGUGGAUGAGGAGCUAAAGACGAUCUACCGCUUUGUGCCCAAGGCAGCCUGCACGAGCUGGAAGGAGCUAAAGACCAUAUACUGCUUCGUGCCCAAGGCAGCGUGCACGAGCUGGAAGGUGUGGUUCCGCCAGCAGCACAACCUGCCCAACAUCUCCGACGUCUACCUCGCCCACGACCCCAAGCACUCAGGCCUGCACGUGCUCGCGUCCGGAUACACCGAAUCUGCCGUCAUGGCGCUCCUCACCCGCCCAGACUUCUUCAAAUUCACGUUCGUGCGCCACCCGUUUGCGCGCCUGGCGUCCGCUUACCUCAACAAGCAUGUGAACGGGGGGCCGCCGCAGGGGCGGGCGUUUUGGAACAAGAGGUUCUUCCAUGGCACGCGGCCGUUCCGGUGGUUGGUGGAGCAUCAAGGGGGAUCGGAUUUGCUGCAGUUUGGCGACUUUGUGGGGCUGCUGCGGACCAUGUUCAAGAGGAGACGCCGCACCAUGGACCCCCAUGUUGCCCCUCAGGUGGACGUCUGUCGGUUGAACGACAUUCGGUUUGACUUUGUGGGUCAUUUUGAGAACCUGGCGGAGGAUGUGCCCGUGGUGAUGCAGCGCCUGAAUCGCACUAUCACGUCUGAAGCGUUCUCCAUUGGGAAAUCAGCGCACCCCACUAACGCUCGCGACAAAUUCCUUGAUCUAUUCGACAAGAACGCGUAUGACGAAGCAACUGAGUUCCUCUCCAUAGACAUGAACGUGUCGCUGAACAACAUAUCGUUUUCACCUCCCCCAAGAUUACUUGAGCUCUUUGGGGAACGCGCAAUGUCUGCAGAAGGAUCCGAGGCGGCGGCAGCCGCGCAGGCCGCACCAGAAUCCUCCUCCACUCCCGCUCCCGCUGCUGACGUGGAUCAGCUUGCAGGAUCGUUCAAUGGGAUGACAUUGGACGAGCGGUACGCGCUGGUGCGGAGCGUGGGGGAGGAGUGCAUUCAGGAGGACGAGCUGCGCAACCUGCUGCUCAAGAAGAAAGACCCCGUCGCCUACGACGGCUUCGAGCCUUCCGGUCGCAUGCACAUCGCACAGGGAGUGAUGAAGGCGCUGAACGUGAACAAGCUGACCCAAUCAGGGUGCAUCUUCAAGUUCUGGGUGGCGGACUGGUUCGCGCAGCUCAACAACAAGAUGGGCGGCGAUCUCAAGAAGAUCCAGACCGUUGGUCGGUACAUGAUGGAGGUGUGGCGCGCAGUGGGCAUGGACCUCACGCGAGUGGAGUUCCUGUGGUCGUCCGAGGAGAUCAAUGGGCGCGCAGGGGAGUACUGGCCUCUGGUCAUGGAUAUCGCCAGGAAGAACAAGCUGCCCCGGAUCCUCAGGUGUUCGCAGAUCAUGGGGCGCAGUGAGACGGACGAGCUGUCGGCCGCACAGAUCUUCUAUCCCUGCAUGCAGUGUGCCGACAUCUUCUUCCUCAAGGCGGACAUCUGUCAGCUGGGCAUGGAUCAGCGCAAGGUGAAUGUGUUGGCGAGGGAGUAUUGCGACGACAUCAAGAGGAAGAUGAAGCCCAUCAUCCUCUCCCACCACAUGCUGCCGGGGUUGUUGCAAGGGCAGGAGAAGAUGUCAAAGAGUGACCCCAACUCUGCAAUCUUUAUGGAGGACGAGGAGGCGGAAGUGAAUGUGAAGAUCAAGAAGGCGUUCUGCCCGCCAGGGGAGGUGGAGGGCAACCCGUGCAUUGCCUACGUGCAGUACAUUGUGCUGCCGUGGUUCAAGCAGUUUGAGGUGGAGCGUAAGGAGGAGCACGGAGGCAACGUCAUUUACACCGAUGCUGAUCAGCUCUGUGCAGACUACAAGGAUGGUAAACUCCAUCCAGGUGACCUCAAGCUGGCGCUUUCCAAAGCAAUCAACAAGAUUCUCCAGGUGAGUCCAUGGACCACUUAG